AAAUUGAAAACAUUUUAGCGUAAGUCAAAUAUAUAAACAAUUUGUGAUAAUAUAUAUUUGUGAUAUAUCUAUGUAUGUUUAAGAUUAAAUUUCAUUUACACGGGAAUAAAGUACGUGUAAUAAAGGAAGCAAAUAGGUAGUUUGGUUAUCUUUAUUCUUCGCCUGGUAAAAAUGCCGCGAACGAAACAUACACGGAAAAUAAAACAAAUACAGCGUCCUACAGAAGAAAGUGAUUUAUUAAUCAGAGAUUUUAAGCGACAGGCGCAUUUACGAAUAUCAAAAAUGGAGGCAGAGUUCGAAAUGGCAAUAAAGAGCCUUGAAACUUUUAUUGACGUUACUUUAUCUCGUCUCCCGACCGAGAUUCGACAGAUGACUCUUGGUGAAAUACUCAAUUACGAGACCGAUAACGAAAAAGAAAAUUGCAAUGAAAUUUCGUCAUCCGUUGAUGACCAUUCAUCACGAUUAGCCCCACCGACAGUAAAAGUAAAGAAAACUGGUAAAAGAAUUACUAGCGGAACGGACGAUGGAUAUGUGACCGAGGGAGUUACAACAACGCGCACAUCAAGGGCUAAGAAACUGGCACCACCUACUACCAGAAGAACACGUAGCACUUCAAGGACUAGUAAAACAAAACUUAGUGAAAUAAACCAAGACACUAUAAAAAAGCCAACAAGGAAAGAACAGCUUAAAAGAUCUAUGAAAAUUGAUAAAUUUAAAACUCCUGCUGCUACCAAAUGUGGGAGCAAAGAAUUUGAUAUUAUAACUCCGAAAAUAAAACCUAAUACACCAUUAAAUAUAUUAAGACGACCAAGGCAAGGGGAAAUGGCCCUUAGCAUGCAAGGUAGUCCCUUAAUGGUUUCUGGAGUUGUCGAAGAAAACAUUGCUAAUGUUAAUGUACCUUUGAGUAAUGGCAAUAUCAUGUCUUUAUUACCUAAUGAUGGUUUACGUAUGUCACAUAUUCCUGCAUUAGAUUCAGAAACCAUGAGACAGUUGGAAACUUUGAAGAAUCAUAUCGAGAAAGUUAUUGCAGCAAAGUAGUUAAAAUUAUAGAAUAUAUGCUUUAUAUGAUGCAUUUCACAUUUUGUCAUUGUGUGUGAAAUUGAUUUAAAAUCAAUUAUAAUUAUAAUUAUAAUAAUAAUUAUAAUUAUAAUAAUAAUAACAAUU